AAUAAUGUUGCGAAUUUGCCAACUUUUGUUGUGGUUUAGUGGAUUUACAUUGCCUGGUCAAGCUUAUCCAGGAGUUACAAUGCGAGUCUCCCAAAAAUGGUUAGACUAUGUUUGUACAGUCGGAAUGGAUUUCCUUCAUCAGAUGCUGCAGAAUGAUCAUCUACCAGAUAUUUCAGAAUCCACUCGCAUGUUUGGCAGCGUUGAUUACAAGAUUUCAGGGGUAUUUAUUGAAGAGUUUGAGCUUCCUAAAGCAUCAGCCUUCCCAGUGCCAUCCACAGAUGUCCAUCUCACUAUUGAAAAUGCUAAAGCAAAGGUUUAUGGCAACUGGGAUGUGAAACACUGGCUUAUAAAGGACCGAGGCAGUUUUACACUAUUACUUUCUGGAAUAUCCAUAGAAGCCCAGGUGACAACCUUCAAAGACUCAUCUGACCGUCCCUCCGUGUUUCUUUCUUUUUGUAAUUCAGAGGUGAAAAAAGCUAAACUACAUCUUUCUGGUGGUGCAAGUUGGUUGUAUAACCUUUUCACUGUCUUCUUGGAAACCCCUAUCAAAAAUAAUGUUAACAAAAAACUUUGUCCAAAAGUUGAUAAGGCAGUCUCAAUUUUGAAGAGAGAGCUGGCUACAUUUCAAGUCACUUCAAACUGGGAUGGAGUUGCUGUGGUUAACUAUGGUCUGAUAAGCCGCCCAAAGGUGCAGGGGAUGCACAUAGACCUGGACUUAAAGGGCAUUGUUCAUCAAGUUGGAGCUCCGCUACAGGAAUCAAGCCUUGCCUUCCCCAUUACGCUGCCAGAGGGCAGAGGGUCAAUGAUAUAUGUUGGUUUGUCUGAAUCCUUUUUUAACUCCUUAGCAAACACUUAUUUCAAGUCCAAUGUUCUGAAGUUGACAAUAUCACAAGAACAGUUCCCUCAUGCUUAUUGGUUACGAACAGGGGAUUAUGGAGCGGUCAUUCCUCAGCUAAAUUCCUAUUAUCCAAUAUCCCAAGCUAUGGUAAUCAUGGUAAAUGCCACAAACACUCCAGUGGUCAGAUUGAUGCCCAAGAAGGUCACCGUUGAGCUAUAUGGAAUUCUUCAAGCCUUAGUUGUCCUGCCAUAUUUUAUCACAAAGGAAGUAUACUCUAUAAAUCUGGCAGCAAAUCUAACUGUUAACACUCUGCACCUCUCUGACUUGAAUUUGGCUGCUUCAUUUACUAUGGAAAGCUUGAAAUUCAGCAACUACAAGAGUUCUGUGGGCAUUAUUGAUAUUGCAGUAUUAGAGCGUUCCUUGGCACCAGUAAUAAGAGACUCUGUGCUUAGAGGCAUAAAUGAAGGUCUGAGCAAAGGAAUUCCAAUGCCAUCUCUUGCUAAUAUAACUUUACAGGAAUCCACAAUUGCAGUCAUUCAGGGUGGCAUAUUGGUGUCAGCUGACAUGUAUUAUAUCCCUUGGAAAAAUGUGAUGGAUAUUUUACCUCCCAAGCAACGAACUCCCAUAUUCUGAGCCUGGAUCCAUGCACAUAGAAGACACCUCACUCUACAGCAGGAAAACAGUAAAUAUUGGGAAAAAGAUGCAAAUAGUUAUCUGUUUCAUUGUCAUAUAUGUCACAAUUUAAAUAAAUAAAACAUUUACUGACUAUU